CUAGUCGGUAGAACUGUGCUGAGAUUGAACAAAUCCUCAAGAAAGACGAUCUUGAUUCUGGAUCUUGAUCCAGGGUAGGAGUUUUUGUCACUUUAAUGCCCCAAAUUUAUUUAAUUAAUUGUGAUGAUUUUGCGACCAAAUUGCUCAAAGUUGCAGUGUCAUAAGUUUCUUUCAUUUUCUGUCUCAUACACAUGGCCGUAUCCUCAUAUGUUGUAGCCAUUAUUACUUAGCUUUUUUGGUGCUAGCCGGACACUUGUCUUUGCUGUACCAUUUACAACGCCCGUUAGUAUUAAUUUUGAAAGGUACAAGAAUACGUAGAGAUUGGUGAUUGAAGCUUUGUUGAGUAUUCUGGAAUUAAUUAAAAUGAUAAGAAACACAGGUCUGCCAAUGGGAUCCACUUUAAAUACUUCCUGUCCUCCUCCAGUCCCCCGUCUCAUGUAUAGAGCGACGUUAUAAACGAGAGAAAUACCGCUUGUUCCUUCCGUGAGAGUACAACUUUCUGAUUUUGAUAGAACACCACAUGUCUUGUCCCCCAUAGACAAAUCAACCACUCCCUCAAUGCUUUUUCUUUUGGGUGAUGCUAGAGAUAUAAGGGGAUGUCACGCACUAAUGUGGCACAGUAUUAGUUUGCCAUGUGUCCAUUGCGCCCCCUCCCCUCAGUAGCGCUCACCACCGCCACAACUCGUCGAUGGCCACCACCAGCCGCCGUUCCCCCUCACCCGCUCUCCCUCUUUGCCUCGCUGCUCUUCCUUCCCAUCUCACUUUCUCUUCUAGCUCGCAACCACAACCCGUUGCUGUUGUUGUCGCUGUUGCCCACAACCCAUCACCAACAAACCGCUGCUCAUCCCUUUGUCUCUCUCUCUUCCAUUUCUCUUACUGACGAAGACCUAUACAGGUCUCAGUAUUCUAUCUCUAAAGGUCUUGUCAAAAUGGGUGAGCUAUCCACAGUUAGUUCCUCCCCUGCUUUAGAUUUGCCAGCUGCCCAGCAAAACCAAGGGUUAGCUAUUAAAAUUAGUCGAGAGUCCAAGCCAAAGAAAAAUAUAUGCUGUGCUUGCCCUGAUACUAGGAAGCUGAGAGAUGAAUGCAUCGUAGAGCAUGGGGAAGAAGCUUGUGUUAAAUGGAUUGAGGCUCAUCGCAAGUGUCUUCAUGCAGAGGGCUUCAAUGUUUGAGAUUGGUAGAGGUAGUUGAGUUGAUUACAUGAUCGACGAAAACAAGGUCAAAGCUCAAACUAUUCAUUUAGGAUCACACAUAUCAUAUGAUAUUCAGAAUUUCAGAAUAAAGCCAGGACAGGCAGCUUCUUUUUACUGUUAGGUUCAUCAUAAUCUUGUUACUUGUAUGAUCUUGAUACAAAGCGAAAGCAGCCAAAACACAUUGAGAAGUGACGAUCUAUUACAUUUUGCAUUUGCCUUUGUUAAUUUUAUCUAUGUAUUAGUGGAUUUUGAUGUCAUUUCUUUUGACUUGGUAUCCCUAAA